AUGGCCAUCGAUACGGGGGCUCUCGCGACACAACUGGAGCGUCUUAAAGAGCUUCAGGAAACGCACCUUUCUCCUUCUCAACUCCGACCGUCUGGCCUCUCGCAGGCCUCCCCGAUCCCCAUCUCUGGGAGCCCCGUUCCCCAGCAUGCGGAUCAGCGUUUUGGUGGACUCCCACCGUGGUUCGCUUCGCGUCCGCCUCCGGCUCACCCUUUUCUUCUCACUUACGCGCCUUGCUUUUCUGCUUCUUCAGCACUUUCUACGAGACUCUCUUUUCUCCCUUUGUCUCUCUCUCAUCAGAGCUCUCCUCUUUUACACGGAAACGCCCUCGCUUCUUGGAAUUCUGGGCAAGGCAGCGCUCCUGCGAAUGCUUCCCCUUCCCUGCCUUCUGCGUUCCUCUCUCUAAAUUGCCCGGCUGACGCCGGAUCCAAUCCGUUGCACUUUCCUGCGUCCUCCCCCCGCCCCACUUCCCUCAUGUUUGCCUCUCGGCCACCAAUAGCUGUUUCUUCUGUCUCCUCUACAUCGUCUCGCCCUGGGCCUUUUUUUCUCUCGACCUCUUCUGUCCCCGUUUCUUCUUCUUCUUCGUCUUCUUCUCUCUCUGCCUCUCCUCUCCUUCGACAUUCCCUUCUCCCUCGUCCCUCUUCUCUCCUCCCGCUGUCCCUGCCUCUCUCUGCUUGUUCGUCUGGAAGUCAGCCCUCGUUUCCUUUACCUUCCUCCUCCUCUCGCCCCCUUUCGUCUUGUUCCACAGCUAGUCUCCAUUCGUCGUUCUGUCAGCCUCUCGCGUCCUCGCUCCCAGUCCCUGAAGUUUGCGUAGCAGGGAGAUAUCCCGAGUCGUUCUGCGCGACUCGCCCCUCUGCGCGACCUGAUCUGGCAACGUCGUCUCUCCCUGCUUCACCUUCUUCGUGCUCUCCUGCUUGUCGUUCUAGCCUCUCGCCUUCUGAAAGAGAGGCUUCGAAGCUGCCUUCGUUGUUUUCUCUGCCUCCCCAUUCCUCACCUCUGCUGCUCUCUUCUCAAGGCUCAACAUUCUCGCAGGUUGCCGAACAAACUCUUCCUUCUUCAUCUGCACUCUUGUCGUGUUCUCAAUGCUUCGAUGGUAGCAAACAACAGUCACAGAAUCUUUCUUGUUCCUCUUCUCGUAGGCCGUCUCCAUCGUCCCGUCCUUCAACUAUUGCUUCCUCUUGUUCAUCUACCUUUUCCUGUUCACUUUCCUCGUCACCUUCCUCUCCAGUUUUCACAUCUUCGUCACUUUCUGCUUCUCCGCCUCUAUCCUCUCCUUCUUCCGCCUCUUCUUACACUCUCUCCAUUCCUUCUCGUUCUCCCUUGCUGUCUUCCUCCUCGUCCUCAUCGUCUUCCAAUUCUUUCCCAUUUGCAGAUUUUGCACCAUCUUCAUCUGCUUCUUCAUCUUCUUCACUGUGUCCUUCUUCCUCUUCUUCGUCUUCGGUUCUGGAGCCGCUCUCUGGCCUGUCGCGAAGAGGCGGCUUGAGUCGAAGAGGACGACCGCCACUGAGUCACCUUUUUGCUUCUCGGUACGCAAGUCCUUUUCCGGUUUCUUCUUCGUCGCCCCCCCCUAAGUCUCCCCUCGCUGUUGACUGCUCCUCUGCCUCGGCCGCUGCCGGUCUUCUGUCAGCCUCUGAACCACCGGGAAUGGAGAGAAGUCGAGCCACUGCGGCCAAUGGAGACACACGCGAAGAAGAGAGACGGCGAAAAAAAAGAAGAACAGAAGACGCUUUAGCUGCAUUCCCGGAGGAGGGCGGAGACGAAGAGUCGUUGUCCCCGAACGAAGAAGGAAAUGGUUCCCGGGGUAAAAGAGGCGAAUGGAGAAAUCCGUCGUCCCCGUCCUUCCUGCGAUGGCACAAUCUAUUGGACCUCAAUCCGCGUACUACGAACAACUUCGCAGACAGGAACAGAAACAAGAAACGCUCCUGCUCUUCUGACCGCUCUCUUGCGGCCUUGAGUGUCUCUACAACACAGGUGGCUCACGGGCCUGCAGGCAGAAACGAAGGAGGCGAUUCGAUGCCGAGCGGACGAACCCACGAAGACCCUCCCACGUCCGUGCAUGCGCAGGACAGGGAGAGUUUGGAAGCAGAAAUCGGAGACUCAGAAAACACCUCAGAGAAAAGGGGCCUUCUUCUUCCUUUUUCGACACUGGCGAUUCUCCUGAGGGAGCUAGUGAAGCAGAGAGCUCUCGACUGCAAAAACAAAGCUGCGAGGGAUCAAAGAGGCACUGAAUCGAGCGAUGCGGCUUCUGCGAAUAUCCCUAACAGUUCAUAUUGCUCUUAUUCUCCUUCUUCGGAGAUCUGUCAGCCGGUCCUCCAGAGAAACGACAAUUGCGGGCAAGCGAGCCCUUUCGUGCACUCAGUUGAUCCUCCCGGUUGCGCCUGGCAGGAGAGAAGGGCAAGAAGCGCGGCCGGCAGUUGUCUAGACUUCCCCUCGAAGAAGCCACUUGCGGAGGCCAGGUGUACAUACACCCGAAACGAAGCAGUUUGGGCACGCGUCGCCUCAGCCACCGGCCUCUCCGAAAGUGAAUGUUUUCGAGCCUGGCGAGCGAGCGUCACGGAGGCGCGUUUCAUUGGUGAGGAAAAGGAAAAAAGCCGGAUUUGCCGAUGCGCGAUGCUUCUGCUCCUUAGGUCGCUUCUCCGAAAAAGUCUUUCUUGUGUUUUGUGUUUGGCCACGGUUCCCUUGGCGUGCUGUACGUUCCUCCCUAACUCUGUCCUCUUCGCACCCCUUCAGGGGCGCACCUAGGUCAACGGGCGAGACAGGCUUUCUCAGCGAAAUGAAACGAAGGUCUGAUAAGCUCAAAGUGAAGAUGCAUCGGAUGUAUGAGCGUCUAAGUAUUCACAAAUGCGCGCAUAUAUCCAUAUAUAUAUAUAUAUAUAUUUGUGUUUUGUGUAGUGCGAGAGGGGACGCGUUUCU